ACCGACGAGUCGUUGAUUGAUAUCAACCCGACUGCUACCGCCGAAUAUGAGAUACAAGAAAUUCAACAAACGAAAACUGACGAGACGUUGACAGCCGAUCUCAAUACUACGGCUGUUGCUGAAGAUGUGACACAAGAAAUCAAGGCUGAUGAGACGUUGACAGUCGAUUUCAAUACUGCUGCUGUUGCUGAAGAUGAAAUUGUUUCCAAUAAUCAAACACAACAAGAAAUUGAAACAAAGGAGACGUUGACUAUCGAUAUAAAUACUACUGCUGCUGGUGUGGCUACUGUCGAUGAAAUUCCUUCCGUUGAACAUACUGAUCACCAAUAUGCUCAAACUGAUGACGCUAUUAUGUUUGAUAUCAAUAAUGCUACCAUUGCUGAAGAUGAAAUCAGUUCGAAUAAGCAAAUUCGACCAGACGAUGCAUUAUUGAGCGUUACGGAAACUGACAUUAUUUCGGAUGAUCAGAUUUACCGCCCACAAUUCGAGAAUACUUUGCUAGAUAGCUCACUAAUUGAUGAGCAACCAGCACUAAAUAUAGACUCGCCGCCUACACCGCCAAAUCUAGUUGCUCCUUCUCCAAAGCCAGCUAUGUCGCCAUCAAAUCCGGUUACAUCGCCAAAGCCUGUCACUCCUCCAGUCACACCCCCUCCUUCUCUGGCCUGUUUUUGUUCAGUACAAACUCAGACUGAUCCGAUAGAAUUUGUUGAACUUGUAAAAUGGUCUAAUCGAGAUGCUGUGUCUAAUCUUUCUGAUGCCUUUACCACUACGCCUAAAACAUCAACUUUGACGGAAGACAUGAAAUCCCGUUUGAUCAACAUAAUACAAUCUAGCGGGAAGCCUGCUCCGGAUCAGUGGGGUGUGCCGGUUGAGAGUGUUAAGCCUUCUGGAGAUGUUUCCAACCCCAAACCAUUCUCUAGUUUGACUGUGAAUUAUUCCGGUUCAGAUGGUGAUUUUUGGAAUCAGACUCCUGUUAAUAAGCCUGUGAAUCGGCUCAAUCUGGAUAACGAUUUUUGGAAUACUGUUCCGACUACUAGCAAGUCGGUAAAUCUGGAUAACAACGCUUUGAGUCCUACUUCACUGGCGAGCAACCCUAUGAAGCAACCCACUCCUGACAGUGAUAGUUGGGGUCCUGAUUCGCCUGCUAACAAGCUUACAGGUCAGCCUUCUCUUGAUAAUAAACCUACAAGUCAAUCUACUUCGGUCAAUGACGCCUGGAACAAACCUACAAGCCAGCCAAUUUCAAACGUUGAUGGUUGGGGUUCUGCUGCACCUUCUAGUAAACCCACGAAUCAGUUUACUCCGGAUGUUGAUUCCUGGGGUCCUGCUUCAACUACAAAUAAAAUUAUUGAUGAUACUUCGUUCACUAGUAAAUCUGCGAAUCAGCCCUCUGCGGACAGUGAUUCUUGGGGUCUUACUUCAGAUACCAAGAAAAGUGCGGAAAGUGCUUGGACCACUACUCCAUCAGCUAGUAAACCCGUAGAGCAGUCUGCUCCGGAUGGUGAUUCCUGGGGUCCUACUUCAACUACAAAUAAAAUUGUUGAUGACACUUCGUUCACUAGUAAAUCUGCGAAUCAGCCUUCUGCGGACAGUGAUUCUUGGGGUCUUACUUCAGAUACCAAGAAAAGUGCGGAAAGUGCUUGGACCACUACUCCAUCAGCUAGUAAACCUGCAGAACAGUCUGCUCCGGACACGGAUUCCUGGGGUCUUGCUUCAAAUGCCAAUAAAAGUGUGGAAAAUUCUUGGGGCCCUGCUCCGUCUACUAGUAAUGAUGCUUCGAGUCCUGACAAGCAAACGCCUGCCUGGACUUCGGCUCCAUCUACCGAUCAAAGCAACAAUCUAGGUGGGAGUGCUUGGGGUGCAAAACCAACUUCUGACUCUUUCGAUGUCACUCCUACUGAUACUUUCGGCGGCGAAUCAAACGAUUGGAUGAAGCAGGCGGCCGCUUUUUCAAAAGAAUUAGGCAAUGAUGUUAGCUCGGCUGGAGGAGCUUAUGAGACGAACGAGUUUGACAGUAAUGCUGAUUUGCAUAAGACAUCGGACACGGAUUGGCGUAACGAUGAACGUAAGGAGAAAGGGUUCGAUAACAAUUCUAAUUUUCGUAGAGAUGGUGGUUGUAGAAAUUGCGGCGAAGAUGGACAUUUUGCUCGUGAUUGUCCUGAAAAGGCUUCUGGCUCACUAUGCUACAACUGUAAUCAGUCUGGUCAUAUAUCAAGAGACUGUCCUGAAAAGAGUGUGGAUAACCGUUCUUGCUACAACUGUCAUAAAAGCGGUCAUUUGUCAAAAGAUUGUCCUGAACGGGGCUCUACUUCUGAUGCGUCGUAUCAGAGACCAAAGGUUACCCCAUGGUCUAAGCACGGUCCGGCGAACAUGACAGCCGAAGAAGCUUGGAGUGCAAUGAUGACUGCAGAUAAAGAUAGGGACAUUGAUGAUUUCAAGGAAGCAUUGGAAGAAUUUACGAAAGCAUCGCCUAGUGAGACGUUUGUAACGAUCGAGAAGAAACUCAGAGAGAAUAGAUGUAAUGCGAGACUAGUAGCAUUUCGUCGAGAUAUUCCCUUACAGAACUGUCUAAUCGACUACCAAGGAAAUAUGGACAAGACUUACGUCAUGAAUGUCAUUAUGGGUUCUCCCGACGUUCUGGCAAAAACCGUUGGGGAGCGUCCAAAUUCAGAAGAAGAAAAUUUGAAAUGGUUAGCAGAUGCUGGAAUUUUGAGAUUUACUCCAGAGCCUAUUUGUUAUAAUUGUGAACAGAAAGGGCAUGUUACGAAAGAUUGUCCGGAGCCUAAGAAAGAUGUCGAACGCCAUGUACCGCUCAGUUGUCAAAAAUGUGGAUCUGCUGACCAUAUGACAAAGUUUUGUAAAGAACCGCGAUCUGACUUUCAAUCUGAAGCGCGUGAUCGAAAAAGCGAAUCGCGCAGGUUCGGAGAGGACGAUUGGAAUAAACCAUCAUUUUCUAUGGAUAGUGGUGGAUUUGAUGACAAGGGACGGAGCCGAUCUCGCUCAAAGCCCUCUCAGACAUGCCACAAGUGUAACGGCGAGGGACACAUAGCCAGGGAAUGCACAGAAGGUGGGACCGGCAAUUAUCAAGGAUUUCGCCGUAAUAAUAGCAGAGAUGAUGGAAAUGAUGAGUACGGUUCUCGCCAUAAUAAUAGCAGAGAUGAUGGAAAUGCUGAGUACGGUUCUCGCCGUAAUAAUAGUUACGGAAAUAGCUACGAUCGCAAUAGCAGAGAUGAUGGAAAUGCUGAGUACGGUUCUCGCCGUAAUAAUAGUUACGGAAAUAGCUAUGAUCGCAAUACCAAGUCUUAUCCUAACGAGCCAUGGGCUAAGAAAACGGAUACAGAAUGGAAAGCAGGGCCAACGGCUCGUACCAACGAUGAUAAUUGGGAGCCCUCUCAGGGACACACAGCCAGGGAAUUCACAGAAGGUGGGACCGGCAAUUAUCAAGGAUUUCGCCGUAAUAAUAGCAGAGAUGAUGAGUACGGUUCUCGCCGUAAUAAUAGCAGAGAUGAUGGAAAUGCUGAGUACGGUUCUCGCCGUAAUAAUAGCAAAGAUGAUGGAAAUGCUGAGUACGGUUCUCGUCGUAAUAAUAGCAGAGAUGAUGAGUACGGUUCUCGCCGUAAUAAUAGCAGAGAUGAUGAAAAUGCUGAGUACGGUUCUCGCCGUAAUAAUAGUUACGGAAAUAGCUAUGAUCGCAAUACCAAGUCAGGGCCAACGGCUCGUACCAGCGAUGAUAGCUGGGGUUCGAAGCCGCAGCAGCCUUCGAGUACGAGUGCGCAUUGGGACUCGAAUUAUGGCACUAAGAAAGAAGAUAGCUGGGGAAGCAAUAAAGGCGAUAGUCAUAACCGUGCAUAUGGUGGUAGCAAACAGGAAUGGAACUCGUACGAGAGUAAAGAGGAAAAUUAUUCGCUUAAUCGUGGUAGAAACCAACAGACCAAGGAGGUACUCUCUGGUAGGGGUGACGUUCUUGAACACCAAGGGGAACAAGAUAGUUAUCGACCUAGGAGGAAAACUAGUGGGGAUGAGCAGCCAUCAUUAGUAGCCGAUCCUUGGUGGUAG